AAGCAGAGUGCACUGCCACUCCUUCGCCUGAGGUCCGAGUUACCACUGGUAUGAAAUUCGAUAAUCAUGUCGACACCUCCGUGUCUAGGGAGAAUAUCUCUCAAACUUUUGUUAUAUCCAGGUUGACACGAAGCCUGUCAGAGUGGAGGGUUUUCUACAGUCUUGCAAUUUGUGCAACCGUCUUCUACCUGCAGCUUCUCACUUUCGUCAACCCCGAAGGCCGCUGGGCAGGCCUGGCAAGCCACUGUUCCGGUGCGCAGCCCAUAGAUGGCUCAGAAAUUCUUCAACGCCAGGAGAGCUUGGCAAGGAUAUUGUAUGACAAUGGCGCAUCAGCAUACGUCGCAGAGCCUGGCGCAAGCGCGCAGUACUUUGGUAACAUUUCCGAGGCGACAUGGCACCUUUCAGAAAGACCAUUGUUACUUAUAAUCUCUCCCACACUCGAGGAGGGCAAUGUUGUUGCAAAAAUCACUGUCGUCACACCAGCAUUUGAGGAAACACGCGCCAGGCUUUUGUUAGUACCUGGAAUUGACAUUUCGUUUGUCUCCUGGGCAGAAGACGAAGACCCAUAUACCGUCGCGCUGAACGCGCUUUCAGCCCUUGAACUUGGACCUGAAAGGCCUAUCUACGUUGACGGUAUGAUGAGAUAUUUUAUCGUCGACGGUCUCCAGAAGGCCGGCCCUGGAGUCCGCGUCAUGUUUGCCCCACCUGAAGUCACCCAGCUCAGGACACGCAAAUCUCAAGCGGAGCUAGACCUUCUGAGAUGUGCGAACGAGGUCACAGUUCUUUGUAUCCGGGCUGUACAAGCCCAGAUGUACAUCGGGAUACGGGAAUCACAAGUUCUAGCGAUGAUAGAUGAGGCGCUCGCUGCUGCAGGUAUCACCGAAAGAUGGGCGUUAGUACUUUUUGGCGAGAACGCUGCUCUCCCGCAUGGAAGCGGGAACGACCGGGCACUGGGCAAAGCGGACUUAAUUCUCAUAGAUGCCGGUGGCACUUUGUUUGAAUACCACAGUGACGUUACACGAACAUUCAUGCUGCAUGAUAGCUCCAUUCCACCGGAACAUAUUACGAUCUGGUACGAUGUGCGUGCUGCCCAGACCUUGGCGCAUGCAGCGGCUCGGGAGGGGGCGAAUACAUCUGCCGUAGACAAGGUAGCGCGAGAUUGGCUUGACGGGCGUGGGUACAAAGGACACUUCACUCAUAGACUGGGUCACGGAAUUGGGCUGGAAGAUCACGAAGCUCCAUACCUCCGCGGAGGAACUGACGACAUCAUUCAAACGGGGAACGCCUUCUCAAACGAACCAGGCAUAUACAUUGAGGGCAAGGUCGGCAUUCGCCUUGAAGAUUGCUUCUACAUCAACCAGGACGGCAACUCUGUAUUUUUGACCGAGGGAAUUGGAGGACAAGCAUUCAGCCCGCUUUACCCUUGAACCGAUGGGGUUUUCGGAUAUGAAUUUCGGGAACCGAGGUACUACUUGCUGCGAUAUGUGAUGUCCACCCUAGUCUCUUAAAUCCACAGAGUUUAUGAUUUAAACUAUUUCUGGACAAUGACGGGAUAGACAAUGAGCGCUUGUGCGGUGGUAUACUAUAAAAAUAAAUCCAUAGUUGGACACGAAGCCGUCAUAUGUUGUACAGAUUAGAAUUCGAAGCGUUUCGUCAUACCAAUUUUAUAUAUACUUUACACUGAUAAAUUUCAUGUAAUAAUGUGCA